AUGAAUGGCGGCUCGCUUUUCGGCACUUCGCCGAACAACUCUUCUUCGCCGACGCCUGUCAACAACAACUCGUACCUGACGCCAGUACAGAACGGCGCGUCACGUCGAAUCGGCAGCAGUGACUACACGAAGCUGCCCUCCUCAGUCUCCAAUGGCGCAUCAUCACCUGCGACCAAUGGCCAGCAUACCUCAAAUGGAGAGGUCCAGCACCCCCUCACUUCACCACCGACUCAAUCUCCAAACACAGACCAAGCACAGUGGAGUUCAGCUGUGGGCCAUGCCACUACCGGCGGGAAAUCAGGCAGAGUCAUCGAGAAGCUGAUGUCAGACAAUGACCGCCUGAAGCGCGAGUUGCGCGAGCAGAUCACGAGAGCAGAAGAACUUCAGCGCAACAUGGAAAUGUACAAGCCACGAAUAGAAGCUCUUGAAUCCGAAAACGAGAACCUCAGCCAUGCUAGGGGCGUGGACCAUGCCUUGCUUGUUCGCAGAGAUCGCCAGCUUACGGACACAAAGGAGGAACUUGUAGUUGAAAGAGAGCGCCGGGAAAAGUUCGAAAAACUUGCCCAACGAUUAUCAGCCGAGCGAGAUGCAGCCAUUCACGACAAGGACCGCGAAGUCGGCGAGCACAAAGAGAGAAGACUCCAAGUCGAAGCCGAAAACGACGUCCUCAAAACCACCAUCAGGCAAACGAAAAAAAUGUACGACAGCAGAGUCAGCGCGCAAAAAUUCCGAAUCGAGAAAGAGCUCGAACCUGAAGUGAAAAGGCUACAAAAAGUCCUAGAGGAAGAUAAAGCAACCAUGCUGAAAUUGAAUGUCGUGCAUGAGCAGCAACAUCAAGAAAUCGAGCGAGGCAAAGCUCUCCAGCAGGAAAUGGUCGCGAAGUGGGAAGAGAUCUCUAAAGCUCGCGAAGAGAGAUUGCAACUUGUGGAGUGCGAGAGGAGGGAGGAGACGGAGAGGAGUAGGAAGUUGAGUGUCGAGAUGGAUAAGGUUGUGAAUGAUAUGCGGUGGGUGAUGAAUGUGAAACGGAAUACGAGUUUGGAUGAGAGUGGUGCAGGUGAUGAAGAAGAAGAAGAAGAAGAAGGGACGAAGGAGAAGGAGUAG